UUCUUUCGUACCACAUCAAUAAAGUCAAUUGUCACAAGCAAAGCAUAAAAACCAAACUUUCCCAUCACUUCAUUUGUCUUAUCUUUUUUCCUACUACUCCCAAAUAUUCUUUCAAAAUUUGUUACAAUGAGUUCAAAACUUGUUACUUUUGAACUUCAUUUCCUCUCUUUCUUCUUCUUGAUCUUAUUAGGGUUGUCAAGAGCAAAUAUUGACAAAGAUAAAGAAGAAUGUGCUAACCAACUCGUCGGUCUCGCCACGUGUCUUCCUUAUGUUAGCGGAGACGCCAAAGCUCCCACACCGGAUUGUUGCACCGGUCUAAAAGAAGUCUUGGACAAGAGCAAGAAAUGCCUUUGUGUUUUGGUGAAAGAUAGAAAUGAUCCUAGCCUUGGUCUUAAGAUCAAUGCUACUCUUGCACUAAGCCUUCCUACUCUAUGUCAUGCUCCUGCUAAUUCAGCUAAUGUAUCGAUGUGCCCGGAGCUGUUGCACUUGCCACCAAAUUCACCAGAUGCUAAGGUUUUCGAAGAUUUUGCAAAGAGUGCAAAAGCAAGUUCUAGUGCUUCAUCUGCACCAGUUAGUGGGAGCUCUAAUGGAAAAGCAGCAACUACAGCUAAUGAGAAAAAUGAUGGAGGAGAUAGAAGGAAAUGGAUGGGAAUUGUUGAGAUGACUAUGGGAUUUUUAGUUAUUAUGGUGCUUUCAUAUCUCACCUAAUAAUUGCACAUAGUUAUUAAUGUAUCAUCUUUUUUUUCUCAUAUAUUUUUGUACCUUCUUUGUUUUUUAUGUUCCUUUUUUGUGGUGUUGGCUUUUAUUAGUGUGCCUUUGUUUUCUUUUGUAGCUCCUGAUUUGUCUCUUUAAUUCUUUGGAUUCUGUUUUAUUGAGCUGUCAAAAACAGAAUUAAUAUUUGCUAUAUAUGAAACUUAAGUCUUUUGUCUUUGGAAUC